AUGUUCACCUUCGUGGUGAUCCUGGUCCUGGGCGUCCUGUCGCGGCAGUACCUGGGGCGCGCGCUGCGGCUGCCCUACACGGUGAUCCUCAUGGUCCUCGGCGCGCUGACGGGGCUGCUCAUCGAGAACCGGCGGAACGCCUUCGAGCUGAACCUCAAGUCGUGGUACGACAUGACCCCGCAGGUCAUCCUGUACUGCUUCGUGCCCAUCCUCGUCUUCGAGAGCGCCUUCAUGACGGACACGCACAUCUUCAGCCGCCAGAAGUGGCAGAUCCUGACGCUCGCGGGCCCCGGCGUGCUCGUCGCGUCGAUCCUCACGGGCGGCUUCGUCAAGGCCGUCUUCACGGACUACGGCUGGGACUGGCCCACGGUGCUCAUGUUCGGCGCCAUGAUGAGCGCGACGGACCCCGUCGCCGUCGUCGCGCUGCUCAAGGAGCUCGGCGUCUCCGAGCGCCUGGGCACGCUCAUCGAGGGCGAGAGCCUGCUCAACGACGGCACGGCCAUCGUCGUCUUCGACGUCUUCAAGCAUGCGCUGGAGCACAAGCCCUGCGACGCGGAGAUGCCGUCGUGGCAGAGCGUGCUGCGCAUGCUCUUCCGCCUCGGCGCGCUCGGGCCCGUCGUCGGCACGGCGAUCGGCUGGUGCGCGGCGACGUUGUUGGGCUACGUGCUCAACGACCCGCUCAACGAGAUCACGAUCACGCUCAUCACGUGCUACGCGGCCUUCGCCGUCGCCGAGGGCAUCGUGGGCACGUCGGGCGUCCUCUCCGUCGUCUUCGCGGGCAUGUACCUCUCGCGCUACGGCCGCGGCCGCAUCUCCGCGGACGUCGAGGAGAACCUGCACUCGUUCUGGGGCGUGCUCGCCCACGUGGCGAACACGGCCGUCUUCUUUUUGAGCGGGCUCAUCAUGUCCGUCAAGGUCUUCGGCAUCAAGCGGAGCGGCUCCGUCACGGACUGCACGACGUUCCGCAACCGCGACGUCUACUACCUCCUGGUGCUCUACGUCGCGCUCCACGCGAUCCGGGGCCUCGUGCUCGUGCUGUCGACGCCCGUGCUCCGGUCGGGCAUCUACGGCAUGUCGCUGAACCAGGGCCUCGUCGUCGCCUACGGCGGGCUGCGGGGCGCCAUCGGCCUCGCGCUCGCGUUGAUCGUCAACGAGACCAAGGGCCUCCCGGACCAGCUCCAGAUGCGCAUGCUCUUCCACGUGUCGGGCAUCGCCAUCCUGACGCUCUGCGUCAACGGCACGACCAUGGUCCACGUGCUCAACUGGACGGGCCUCUCGAAGAAGACGGACGCGGAGGACGAGAUCUUCGCGCACGUCACCGUCGACGUCGACAAGAAGCUCGCCAACGAGAUCGCGUCGCUCACGCGGGAGCAGUACCUCGGCGACGCGGACUGGAAGAUGGUCUGGCGCUACCUGCCCGUCUUCAGCGUGGAGACCUACUGGCUCCGGCUCCGCGACGGCCACAUCGGCGGCCGCGAGAUGCUCGCGGAGUCGCGCGCGCGGUGCCUCUGGGCCAUCAAGGCCAACUACCACGUCGCCUUCACGCACGGCCGCCUCACGCCCCACGGGUUGCGCGUGCUCGUGGAGAACGUGGACAUGCAGACCGACGACGAGUCGCGGCCGCUGGACGAGUGGGAGCGGCUCGAGGCGCACGAUUUGUGGCCCAAGGCGCGGCUGAGCCGCAUCCAGUACCUCAACACGUACAUCCCCUCGGAGCGCGUGCGCGAGUCCGUCCAGGGCGUCAUCUUCCGGCGCAUGGCCUUCGUGUUCGAGGUGGCCUACAACUUCAUCCACGCGCACGAGGACGUCGAGCACGCGCUCGCCGCGGAGGAGAUCGUCGACGCGGGGCCCGUGCAGGAGGCGCUCGUCGAGGAGGUCGCGAAGAUGCAGGCCAUGGCCAAGGCGACCAUCGCCGAGUACAUCGACGUGUUCCCGGAGUCGGCGAACGCCAUCAAGACCCAGGUCGCGGCGUCGUUCGUUCUCGUGCGGCAGCACGAGCUCAUGAAGGAGUCGCGGGAGCACGGCCACAUCACGGCGAAGGAGCUCGGCGAGUGCGAGCGCCACAUCAACGCCGCGCGCAUCAAGCUGAGCCAGCACCCCUACACGGAGCAGAUGCCGCCCAUCAAGACGCUCGUGCGGGACGUGCCGUUCCUGCGG